UAUCAGGAACGCAAGUGGCAGCCGCUCCCACUUGUUCGACGCUGCGCAGCUUUCGGGACUCCGCCGACGGCGCGAAUUUCUUUCGCUUACGCAGCGGUUGGCGUCGAUAAAACAGAGCAGCUGUGUUCUUCCGAGAGUUUGUUUCCAGUGGAUGAGAAUCAAGAGACGACGUGUCUGCGAUCCUCGAUGAAAAGCAAGCAUGAUGUGGUGAACGUAUAGCUGCCCUCGGGCUCCAGCUGCUGAAGUCCAAGCGGACCGACUACACCGCGUCAUGGCGUCGGGCGCCUACGCUGAGUUGCGGUUGCAGCAGGCCGACGUGUUGCGUCGCCUGCCGCAGGGCCUGCGCACCUGGACGGACGAGCUGCUGAAGCGGCAGGCUCGCGAGCUGACGUUCCACUUCCCGGACGACGCGACGCGGCGCUACCUGUACGAGUCGUGGAUCAAGUACUUCGGCGGCGAGGCCUGCGUCGGGGCCUCGCUGGACAGGCUGGUGCUCAACUGCAUCGUGGCCACGCCGUCGCCCUCCAAUCCCGCGGUGCCGCUGUUCGUCGACAUCGUCAUCGGCGGUGGAGGAAGCGCGCCGCGGCCCGUUGCGACCCGAGGAGGAAAGAAUUCGCCUGCAGCGGGCUCGCGGGACGCCGCUCCACCGAAUACCGUCGUCAAUUCGGGUGAGGCGGCCGUCAAGGACAUUCCUGCCGCGACGAAGAGCAAGAAAGACUCUGCCGGCAAGCGGCAGGACACGCCUUCGAAGGAGACUCAGUCAGUGGAAGCUCAAAGCAAAGACACCACGAUGCCAGCCGGAACUAAAGUUGAAGACAAGAAACAAGCCGAUAAAGACAAGGCGCCUAUAGCUUCCGAUAAAGUUGACUCGGCGAAGAGUGUCGCCAAAACUGACUCGUCUUCGAAAGAAAGGCCAGAGGAGACCAAAAACGUCGCGGCCGACGUCCAAAAUACCGAAAAGGUCUCCAAGACCUCCGUGUCCGAAGUUGCGGCCGUCUCAGCUAAACAGGAUGACGCCAAGAAGCCUACGCCGGCGACUGCGCAGUCUGGUUCUAGCAAAGUCGCCAAGGUCACUUCGACUUCGGAAGGCGAAGAGAAGGAGAACGUCCCAGCAGACGUAGACGACACGUCGUCGGUGGAACUGCGCCGAGGCCCAAAGGACAGUGCUUCCAACAACAACACCGUUCACAACAAGUUCAGCUUGUUCAAGUGGCGUCCCCAGAGCCUGAUGGAACGGCGCAAAACGUACGUGGGAGGCGUCAAGUUGCGCAGGAGUCUGAUGGAAACCGGAAGCGCUCCUCCCAGGGAACGCGGCGCCGUCAAUCGGCAGCCGUCGUUCGCCGCGCCCAGCGCGCUCAAGUUCCUGAUCUACCUUUCGAAACUACUGGAAACCAGCAAGGAGAACCGCGAGGCGCUGGACGAAGCCGGCAUGAUCAUCGGCUUCUGUUCCAUGCUGCUGUCCCUGGUGUCCUUCAAGAAGAGGACGCAGGUGGAGUCCUACUUCCGGGACAGGGUCGGCGGAAUCCUUUCGACCGUCGUGCCGUCCGUCUCCUUCCGCGGCGUCGUUCCUGUUCCGAACCGCCGGUUCCUGGAAGUGCUCCACGAGCAAUUGACCAGAGGCUCGCAGCUUCAGACCCAGAUCAGCGUCCUCGCCGUCUGCCAGUACCUCUACUUCAAGGAAGCCGGGGACGGCAAGUUCCCGGAGCUGGACAUGCGCUUCCUCAGAGAAGGCUACCUGAACCACACAAUCGGAACGGGUCUGGGAACGCUGUCGCUGCUUCGAGCGCUGCAGGAGGAGACCAAGCUGAACCCGGCGGCCAUUCUCAGGUUCCUCAAUUCUGACGUGACUCGCGAGUCCUGCGAGCGCGUCGAAGAGUUCCUCAAGCACCAGACGUCGCUGUCUGGGAAGAAGAGCACCGGCAGGACGUUCGGGAAGCCGCCGGCGAAGCAGCAACAUACGUGGCCCUGGUGCCGCGUCGUCGACCCGAAGCAGUUCUCGAACCUGAUGACCCGGGCGAACGCGUUUUACGCUGUGCGCGUCGUCUGCUGCCUGGACCCUCCGCCGGAGGACCGGAUGUGGAAGAGCGUCGAGUUCGUACCGGAAGAGGUGAAGAAGCACGAGCGCGAGUGGGGCGACAUGUUCCGGCGGCACCUGAAAGACGGGAGUAUCCGCAAGGCGAGCGACUCGAUGUUGAAGCACCGGGAGGGCGAGUGGGCCCGGGCGCUGGACGCCAUGUACUUCGUCGAGGACUUCGAGCUUCUGUCGGUCGGCUCGUACAAGAAGGAGAAGUCGUCGACGACGGACAUCGACGGUUGUGGAAGCGAUGGAACGACGACGACCACGACAGGCGGUACUGCGUAGUCGUUCACCUGUCGACGCGCGAAAUGAACGAGACACGUACGUGGGGCCAAUACCUUCCGGAAGCUCAAAGCCUGCGUGACCGGGACCUCAUCUGCGUAAGCUUGCGAUCCAGCAGCAAACGGUGCUGUCCAUGGAGAAGAAACGCAUAAAGCCACUAAACGCUGCCAGUGGGGUUGCCGACGUUGACGUCUCGGCUGUCAGCGUUGUCCAAUAUAUCACGUCGUGGACAGAAGUAUGCAGCAUUGGAGUUAACCACAUGACUUUGGUAACGCUUCCAUGGGAGGUGACUCGAAUGGGAGGUAAUGGUGUCGCAUAUUCCAGUGGUGUCGCAGAAGAUUCACUGAGCGUCGUACGCGAGUGCCAUGUGUUUUGUGACUAUGUGGUGAACACUUACGUGCGUAGUUCGAGUGCCUUUGUUUUCGAUAUGUACGUCACCUUGCUUCAACGCCCUCCGCCAUAUUAGGGCGCAACUAAUUGGGUGCAGCCAUGGUUAUACAACAGAUACACGUACAGAAGUACAAGGGACGGCAGCAUUCAGUCCGUGACAUCCAUACCUCGUAUUUCUGUCUAUCCCUUUCACAAUGCGCGUCAAAUAUUUUGACGUUGUGGGUUCCCGUGGUCGUGGCAUUCUGGUGGUGCCACAGUUAUUUUUGGAGCAUAAAUUUCUGGGUCGUGUGAAUUGAAAGUGCCGUGAGCAUUGUGGCUUCAAGAGGCAACGCACUAUUUUGAAAAUGAAAUGGUAACCGCGGCAUGCGGCACACGUAAUCAAGGAGAUAUGCACAUUAUCCUUCCAGCGCCGCUUCAGCUUUUCGCACUCAUGUUCAGAAUAUCCGAAAGCAGUAGUUGGUUGCUGGUGCUUGUAGCUUUGAAUAUCCAGGCAAGUAUAGCGCUCGCAUGUGUCGCACGAUAUCUUUAGGUGCCACCGCACAGUGGACUGCUAUCGCAGAGGUUACACGCCACGCAUACGAUUUUUAACAGGUUUACUGAAGAACGCUGUUACACUGGCUAUCUAUAGGUUACGUUUCCCGCAUCUGAAUCUUUCGUUUAUUAACACUGUCUCAGCACUAACCAACCGCGAUGCAGCACUUCUUGUCACUAUAGCGCCUAUGCGAAAUUAUGUUUCUUAGAAUGAAUGGUUCAGUGCACAUUUGUCAAGCACGUGGUGUCAGAGCGGAGAGACAGGGCGGUGCAUUACAAUUGCAUUAAGCUCAUUUGCAUAGGCUUUUAUAGCAGAUGUACAACAAACCCUGGCACAAUAGGAAAUAUUAGACCAAACAGCACACCUUUAAAAAUCGGUCUAUGGCUCUAUGGUGCAAACAUAAGUAUACCCGUACAGUUGUGGUCCAAUAAGAAUGGGAACAUUAAUGACGUUUAGUACGCGAACCUAUAGAACAGAAAAAAGCGUUUCUUUCUGUGCUUGUCAGUUUUUUCCUUCGACAUGGUUCGCGUCCUAAAUGUCAAAAAAGGUAUCAACCAACCAGCCCAGCAACAAGUAGGGAUACAAAAGGGAACACCCGAUCAGUACGAUAAAACAACGGCUGCUGCAGAAAUUGAGCAUCCGUUCAAACAACGGUUGUUGCAGAAGCGCGAUUUGAGACGUGUAGCCAUUAUCAUUGUUGAGUGCAGGCUCAGGUACAAUAAUAAUACAAAAAAAAAUUGAACACGCCUUACUUAGGCAGACAAUAGAAAACUUAUCGAAGGAAUUUGAUAUACAAUACUAAAUACCAUUCAGUGUACUAAGGACAAAAGGGACUCCCGGCUCUUCUGUGGCCUUCUAACAAUUGGCUGUCUUAGCCCUUACGCACGUAUACAAGCGCGCCGUUUUACGAUACUUAGUAUACGUAUAUAUAGCAGCCUUGACGGACAUGUACGCCAUAUUGCCUCCCUAAUCCUUAGCGAAGGUGGGCGCCAUCUGAAUCCCUUUCAAGGAGCUAGCUCUGUUUCCAGUAAAAGUGUCAACAUGUACUGCCAGUCUCUGACGACAGACGGCGCUACGAGCAGCAACUUCCCUGAGAUUUUAGUAGCUGUACUUGAUAAUUUAAGUACCACAGUUCCGUUGCUUUUGUCAAAGACCCUGCUGCACUGCAGUUUCUUCAUUACAGUAUGAAUGCUGGAUGAACGGGCAGCGUUGGACGCAAAAUGCGUGUUUCGGUUCAUAGUGGUCUUCAGAGUGCAAAUGCACGUACUAACGUGCGCGCGUGAGAGCGUACAUACAUGCAUACAUACAUACAUACAUACAUACAUACAUACAUACAUACAUACAUACAUACAUACAUACAUACAUACAUACAUACAUACACACAUACACACAUACAUACAUACAUACAUACAUACAUACAUACAUACAUACAUACAUACAUACAUACAUACAUACAUACAUACAUACAUACAUACAUACAUACAUUUGGCGAGUCUUCGCCAACAGCACAACAACGAAGACACGACGAGAACGGCGACGACGAGUGUGUGACGACAGCAAAACGAUAACGAUGAUGACGACUGCGUACGACACGACAAUGGCAAAAAAUGUCAUUUACCCGCAUUACCCUUAGCCUGCCAUUUAGAACCAUUACAGAACGUUACACUGUGACAACACAGCACAAAAGAGUUACGCAAGUGUUGUGCUCGAACUUGGCUCCAAUUGCGCAUUACUGCUCUGCCCCCGUAAAGGGGCCGACAUUGACGAACCAACGCACGCUCGUGCACGUGUACAUGGGUUGACUUCGUGUGACAAUCAUCAAACGUGUCAACAAUUAUUUUGAUAUAUAGAAUAUGCAAAGAAGUAAGCACUGCAGGGCGGUCUGUCUUGCCGUUUGCAAAGCAAAAGGAGGACUGCCUACGCAUAGUUUAUGCCGGAGUGCUCAUCUAAAUGUGCGAGGGCACGUUCUCUUUUUCAGGUUGCUGCCACGUGGCGUAUAAAUGCACGCAACUACAUGGUGGUCGUAACGCAGCCGGUGCUGUGACGGCGCUGCCACACUGUCCGGACAGCUGUGCGUUAAACUGUGGGGACAUACGGUAUACACACGGCAUACGUAACGUGUGGGUGUGUGAUUUUUAGAGAAAUGGAAGAGAUAAGUGCACUGCCGUAACUGUCUCUCACCGGAGACGGUACGUCUCAGCCUUCAGCAAUGCACCGCGUAUAUAUAAUUUACUGACAAUCAAUGCCUCUAUAGCUUAGUUCCUACUCCCUAUACAUAUCACAAUUUACAGAACAACGUCCUAUGUGGAGCGCACUGACAGUUCAAAACUUACGCAGGGUUCAACAGGGCAAACGCGUGCCUUAUCCACAUUUUAAUCGAGAAAUAUAUGUUAUCUUUUCUGUUUGAGUGGUAAUUGACCAUUACGGGGACGUGCAGGCUCAAUAUGGGUAUCGAAGUGCCUUAAGGCUCUUAUAGAUAUAGAUUUACGGCCGUCGCUAUUUUCACCGCAAAGCGCGCAGUCGUAUACAACAUCGGCUCGAAGCAAAGGUUACGUUUGCUAAAUGUUGCACGGCCUAGAUGACCUUCAGCUCAACGCAACGCCUGCGCACCUGUAAAAAAGCUAGAGGUGACGAGUCACACGUCGCCUCCUUCGCGAUCCUUUCCCGAUGUACUAUAUCGCUUCCUCGCUGACUUUGAUUGUUUUAUGCCGUUUCUCUCCAUCAGACAACGGUGGCGGUUCGCAAACUGCUUGUGGCGAAACAUGGCAAAUGCAACAUUUGCAAAGUGUGCACGGAAUGAGGGACUAGUACAAUGGCUACCCGCCGCUGUGCAUAGCUCGGCGACUGUGGUGUUUUAUAUGCUGAACACGAUGUCUCAGGUUCGACUCCUUCGCUCGGGUCGCAGCGACGUCAUUCCGACGACUGUGAUGUGAAGGUUAAAGAAGAACGUCUGAGCUCUCAGAUUUCUGCGUGAAUCGAUUUCAAUAUCGGUUUCAAGCGAUUACCAUGUUAAAUUUGUUUGUCUCAUUGUAUUUUGUGAUACAUUUCAAUUCGUGCUGCCUGA